AUGGCUCACUCACUUGCUCUCCCAUUCCAGAAGUACCUGACUAUUCACUCUUUCACUGGGACUAUCCAUAGCAAUCAUAAGCAUUGUGCAGCUCAGGCCAUGGUUGCUGCACAUGUGCAAGCUCAUGCUGCUCAAGCACAAGCCUAUGUGACUCUGGCUUCAGUUCCAGCUUCAGUUGUGGCUCCUUCUGCUCCUGUCCUCACUGUUGAAGUUCCAAGAGUAGGACCUCAAAAGCACUGCUGUCUCACCAAAUCAAAGGCCAUUGCCAAGAACACUUCAGAUGAAGAAGCUAGCACUGUUGCUGCCAUGGAAGAGGAUACCAUUAUGGGUAAUCUCAACAUUCCAGCAAGUACACAACCAACUGACUUGAUGGUCAUUGAUGAUGAUGUCAAGAUAGUCAUCAAUCAAGACCCAUCUUCUGGCAACAUCAUUGAAGGGCACAAGGUCUCUCUCCCAAAGUUCAUCAAGCACAAGAACAAGUCAUACUUGGUGCAUCACUAUCCCUAA